CGUAGGGUCUAAAGAAGAGAGGCUACAUGAAAAACUGAGAAAUGAUGAUACCAUGUACUUAGAAGUUCCACUUCUUGCGGUUAUCCUUUGUGUGGCCAAUGCUGUCCAGUGUCAGUGGGGAAAGUUUGGCGACAGCUGUGAACGAAACUGUUCCUGCCAUUGCGCCCUCGUGAACAAUAAUACGGCAAAACACUGCAGGAAAUCAGAUGGAGAGUGCUCAGUGGGGUGUAUUCCUGGAUGGUAUGGAAUAACUUGUUCCGUCAACUGUAGUGAAAACUGCCUCAACAAGAUAUGCACCCAAGGCUGCAUCGAAAACUACAAAGGACCUCUGUGUAACAUUCGCAAAGAUUUCAGCAACCCCAACACCUGUAAGAGUGAUUCAGCUCAGCCUCACUUGACUGUGGUCCUUGGAAGCCUCUUGGGUGUUUCAGUGCUGGUGAAUAUCAUUUGUGUUGGUAAUGUACUUUCAGUAGAUGGUGUGUGGUGCGACCGAGGAGCAUUGAAGAAAAGGGGAACAAAAAUCAAGAAUCAGGAAAUCGGAAUCCUGAGCAACGUAUUAUGUUACAAAAUGUGUCCGGAAAUUGACGUUUGCUGUAUACUGACAGUUGCAGUUUACAUUGCUUCAAUUCUAGCAUCUCCGAAUUGCAAAAACUGUCUGUUUGGAAAGUGUGAUGAAGACGGAAUAUGUACUGACGGGUGUGAACCAGGCUAUGCUGAUAUAGACUGUCAACAUCCAUGUCAGGAGACCUGUUUAAAAGGCACGUGUAUUGUGGACAACCACACAGGAACGACAAUGUGUACAGAGGGAUGUGUUGAUGGCUUCUGUUACCCUGCAUGUAGGAUACCUUGUCCUGAAGGUUGUCUACGUUGUAAGCGUAUGCUUUGUGAAAACUGUACACUUUGUGAGAGUCACUUGUACGGACAGAGUUGCCAAUAUUCGUGUGUUGAGAAGUGUAACGGAUAUGCAUGCGGUAUUCAAGGAAACUGCUCACAAGACAAAUGUAUGGAUGGUCGGUACGGAAAGUCAUGCAGUAAGUCAUGUAAACCGAGGUAUGAGUCAUGUGAUCAAGAGAGUGGACAAUGCAUUAAAUGCCGGCGAGGGUUAUUCGGCGACGACUGCCAGAAUCACUGUUCACACGAAUGUCUAUCAAUGGAAGAAGAUGAAAUGUUCAGGUGCAGUUCGGGAUGCACGCUGUGCGAGUUACCGCCUCAUACUGAUGCCAAACAAGAUAUGGAUUUUUCAGAGAUAAAGUCACAGUUUAACAUUAUGUACGGACUCAUCGUUGCAGUGAUGGUGCUCGCUUUAGGACACCUGUGUCUUUACAUCAUAAAUACAUGGCCGUUGGAAUGUGGACGAUCUUCAAAUGCUGAAAAUACAAGUGUAACCAGGGGAGCAAGCAGCGAACAGUCAUUAAGAGUUCCUGAAGAACCUGGCAGCGCAGUCGGCAAUAGAGUCCAUUGGGCAUCUAGCAGCGACAGCUUAAGCAGAAGUCGCAGCUUAAAUCGCAGCACAAUUAGCAAGAGAGGUAGAAGCAGAUCUAGCAGCAGGGCUAGCAGCAGUGACAGCUUAACAAGACAUGCUGCGGGAGCGGAGGGAGUUCCUUUGUUGGAAACUCACGACACAGACGACGAAGAGGAGUCGCAGAAAAGUAAUACAGAAGCUGACAGUCAACAGCCUUCGCAGCAAAUGCAAGGAGCUGAUAACAGCUUUCACUAGAAGAAAACAACCAAACAGCAGAAAUCACCCAACCUUGAUCAGAAUGCACAACGUCCUGAAGCCAUGAUGCAGUAUUUGCUUUUUACGAAAUGAGAGAAGCUUUUAAAUUCUCUGCACUGUUUCUUGAAAAUCUGACGGAUGCAAUUAUGAUUGUGUUUUAACAUGUAUUUAACAUUAUAUAUAUGACUCGGCGUCUAUUUGAGCUGUGAAACAUUAGGAAAAAGAGCGUUCAUUUAUUUGAUUUGAAAUGGAGGAUAUAUCUGUACUGAUGUUUUCUAUAUUAUUUUGUCCCUGUUUUCUAUACUAUUUUAACAACAGCUAGAUGUAUUUUGCUGCUUUAAGAUCAUUAAUUAGAUGUAUUUUGCUGCUUUGAGGUCAUGAAGAGUUUAAUAAACAUUCGUGAAU